CUCCUCCGGAGUUGCCUUCUCCGCAUAACGAUAUCACGUGCACCCUACUACGUGUCACAAUCUCCUACGUUCAAAGUCAACACAGUCAGCGCAUCCAACGGUUCGUGAUUAUCACUAUAUUUGACCCUUCACUACUUAAAGUCGACUUAGCUUUUUCGAAAGAUAAAGUUCUCAUCACAGCUAAAAAAAUCUAAAGUUGAUCAUUUCAACAGUAAUGAAAGCUGCUCUGAUCCGAACCGGUUCGGUUCCGGUAAAGGCCCAAUUCCCACACGUGUCAGAUUCUCCCAGAGUUCGUCUCAACCGGAGCGAGUCUCUCACCGGCAUCUUCUCCGGUGACAAAUCCGCCGUCAAUUCUCCAAAAGUCUCUUUGCAUUUCGAGAUCAACCGCCGUCGGAAUGAUAGAGAUGUUAUUCGAAGAGCUUUGUCAGAGACCGAUUUGAUCCGAUCGGAGACUAAAUCUUCCGUUGGAUCUCGUUCUUUCCCGACGCGAAUACCGGAGGAAGAUGAAUCCACUACUCCGUUAAGUAGAACCGCGAGUUUCUCGGCAAUAUCUACGGAGAUCGGAAUUUCCGGAGGAAAUUUCGGUGAAGGAAGCAAAUCCGGUGGCGGCGGUGGCGGAGGAGGAGGAGAUUUUGGAUUCGGUGCUUACAACGUUCGAAGCAAGCUUGGGGAGUAUUACCAAGAGAUGUUGAAGUCAAAUCCAGGAGAUUCUCUUCUUCUUAGAAAUUACGGCAAGUACUUACACGAGGUGGAGAAGGAUUUGGUAAAAGCAGAGGAGUAUUACGGAAGAGCUAUACUAGCGAAUCCAGGCGAUGGAGAAUUGCUUUCGCUGUACGGAAACCUAAUUUGGGAGACGAAUAGAGAUGAGGAUCGAGCCAAGUCUUACUUCGAUCAAGCCAUUACUGCUUCUCCUCAUGAUUGCACUGUGUUGGGGUCGUUUGCCCAUUUCAUGUGGGAAGCAGAAGAAGAAGAAGAAGAAGAAAACGACGAUGAUGAAUCUCAGAAGAAUAUGUCGUCUCUUCCUUUGGUUUCUGCGUUUUGAUUGGAAAAAAGAUGAAGUUGGUAAUCGCGAAACGACGCCGUACUACGUGGCGUUUUGUACGGCAGAUGAGGAACGAUGGAGAUUGACCACGUGGCGCCCCUAUACUAGUCUCAUUUUUCCAAUCAAGAGAAGAGAGUUGUUUUGUGGCUUAUUUUGUGUGUAAUAAUAUAACGUUUUAUAGAUAUAUAAUAUGAACUUACCUCUAAUUAAUAAUUAAUCGUGUUUGAUCUUAUUGUGAACUAAUUAUUAAUCAAAGCAUGGUCAUCUAUAUAUGCGAUUUAUGUAAAUAUCUUUAUGUAUGUUUCUUUGUAGUUUUUUUUUAGUGAAAAUCCUUAUGUAUGUUUGGUAA